AUUCUCUACCAAUUCUCUGAUUCUCUCCAAGUCUAGGGAUCAGAUAUCAAAUAUGGAUCACGACGAGGACCAAAGCUUCACAAUCCCCGUGCAGCUUCGAUUGGAAAGGAGCGAUGCCAACAUGCACACGCUGCAAGAUGGCGAUGAGGAUAACCGUAAGAAUAUCACCGAUGAUUCUACGGACGGAUUCCUUAUCAAAAUCACGCUAGACAAAGUCAUUCAUGCGGAACCCCCGAGCCUGCUGACAUUCAUCGGCCUCAAAUUCCGCUUCGAGGGCCUCGACGAUAGGCGCCGAUUUCGCUACGUUGAAGUAAACAUUCGGUUUGAGGACAACACCGAUCCUCUCACCAGCCUCGACCCAGAGGUGGUGGAGCUGUGGCCCAAUGGCCCCCACGUGUGGAAGCAGACCGAUAUCAACACGGAGGUCAACAUCAGCGGCGAAGGGACUUUGCAGGGUGGGCCAAGCUAUGCAGGCGGUUCAGCAAAGGGAACGUGGGCCAAGAGGUCUACUUACGGCUUUACGGACCAGGCCACUUUUUCCGGCGCAACCCGGCUGCUGGAGAAGAAGGUGGGGAGCGACAACGGCGUCUUUUUGAGACUCAACGAGAGCCGCCACGGAAGGUCAGGGGUGGUUAAACAGAUCCACACCGGAAUCCUUCUGCAACGCAAAGAGGGCACAGGAGCAUUCCGGGCCUAUUUCGACAUUGAAGCCAAGGCUGAUAUGAGAUUUUCCUGGGCGAACGGGCUGAAGAAGCUGAGGGGUGUUGAUCACAGAACUG